UUUACAGCUACAUACGUGGUAUUUUAUCACACGUACAAACACGGUGAAAACCCAGCCGAACGAAGGAGUUUUAUAAUUUGUUCUAAGGCAACGAGAGGAAAGGGUAAUUCAAGGAUUUUCUCGCCCGUGUCCUUCCUGUUCUGCCCUUUUGUUUUUUCCCUCGAGCAGCAGCGCCCCCUGCGAGCUAGCAGAGAAGAGAGACGAGCGGCCCUAGCCUCUUGCCUCCCCUACACCGUGGGUCCACCCAGCUUAGCAGUCCGAUGCGGAGUGAGGAUGAGUCCCGCUCUGGAAGCCCUUAUGCAGGCAGACGGGACUCCUUAUCCCGGAAAAGGGGUAAUGCUUGAACCCUUCGUGCACCAGGUGGGGGGUCACUCCUGUGUACUAAGAUUUGGGGAGCAAACAAUCUGCAAACCCCUCAUCCCCCGAGAGCAUCAGUUCUACAAGAGCCUCCCCCCAGAGAUGAGAAAGUUCACCCCCCAGUAUAAAGGUGUAGUGUCUGUCAGUUUUGAAGAAGAUGAGGAAGGGAACCUGUGUCUCAUUGCUUACCCCCUCCACACCGAAUCAGGUGACCUGGAAAACAAAGAUCCCUCAGCAGAUUGCGAGCCCAAGAGCAAGAUGCUCAAGUGGAGCAAAAACAAGCAGUCCCCUUUGCUAUUAGACAACGACAACUACAGCAAAGACAGAGCUCGACAGAGCCGUAAAGAAGACAAGAUCAUGAGCUAUAAUCGUGAUGAGGUGCAGCAGCAGCCGCAGCAGGCAGAGGUUCUCUACUUCAGCCUGGAUAAAGGCAAUGUGGUGCCACAGAUCAAACACAAUCCCUGGAGUCUCAAAUGUCACCAGCAGCACUUACAGAGGAUGAAGGAGAAUGCAAAACACCGAAACCAAUACAAGUUUAUCCUUUUGGAGAACCUGACAUGGCGCUACACAGUACCAUGUGUUUUAGACUUGAAGAUGGGAACUCGGCAACAUGGGGAUGAUGCAACAGAGGAGAAGAAAGCCAAUCAAAUUCGCAAGUGUCAACAGAGCACAUCUGCCUCUAUUGGAGUGCGACUCUGUGGCAUGCAGGUGUACCAGUCAGACUCUGAACAGCUGAUGUUCAUGAAUAAGUACCAUGGGCGUAAGCUGACCCUGGCAGGCUUCAAAGAGGCCCUCUACCAGUUCUUCCACAAUGGGCGUCGCCUGCGUCGUGAGCUGCUGUCCCCCGUGCUGCGCAAACUCCGGGAAAUGCAAGCUUCCCUGGAGGCCUUCGAGUCCUACCGUUUCUACUCUAGUUCCCUGCUCAUCAUCUAUGACGGAGACCACCCCAUAACUCCCUCUAGACCCAGACACCGUGGCGGGGAAGAGGGCGAUGAGGAUGAGCCAUCAGAUGAAGAUGAAGAAGAAGAGGAGGAGGAGGAGGAGGAAGAAGAGGAAGGGGCCUUCGGUUUCCCUUGUUCCUCCUCAGCAGGUGGCAGCACUAGUGUGGCCGGAGGGAGCAGUAACAGUGGUAGCAGCCGCUCUUCUAACAGCACAGGAGAGGCCAGCAGCCCCACAGUGGACGUGCGCAUGAUCGACUUUGCUCACACAACCUGUCGGCACUAUGGUGAAGACAGUGUUGUGCAUGAAGGCCAGGACAGCGGUUUCAUCUUCGGCCUCCAGAACUUGAUCACCAUCAUCUCCCAGCUUGAGGAUCACAGCACUGACUGAGACUGCACUGGAGCCCAACAUGGUCUGAAUUUCAAAGCUGGGAAGAGCUCACUGAGCUAAAACCCUGCUACUCCAAGGUGCAUCGUCCUCACACCUACAUGGGGGUCUGACCCUCCUCUGCUUGGAGGGAACCUCAGACACUUCAGGGUCAGGGGAGAGCCUGUGUGGUCGUUCCUGUGCUCUCCCUCAUCUGCCAGAGGUCAGGGCUGCCUGUGCCCUUACUUGCACUUUUCUCUCUGAGACUGCUCCUUUUCUUUGUUAUAAAUGAUAGGAGAACUGUUGUGUGAGACAGAGGUCUCUCAACAAACACAGGGACUCCUGUAGCAUCCUAGGACUCUCCUCCACCUCUCCUCCUCUGGUACACACAUUUCUUUAUUGUAAGUUCUCUCUGAGAGAGAAAGAGUGAGGAGGAGAUAAUUGAACCUCAAGUGUGUAGUUCUAGGAGCCUGAUGUGGUGCUUUACCUGUGACAUGAGGUUGUCGUUUUGUUUUUUUAAUGAAGUUUGGACUGCCGGUCCCUAACAGCACAGCACAUUGUUAGAGGGAAAGGUGACUGUACAAGCUGACCUUGGCUGGCUAGGUCAGCAGCCUUGUAGCAAUUGACAACUUAAGCUUCUGAUAAGGACAAUUUGUUUAUAUUGGUGUUUCUUAAGACCCUUGUAAUAAACAUGGUUUGUGUGUCCAAUGGGGCACCCAGAUUUUCACUUUGUGGUGGAAGAACAACAUUAUUUAGGUAUAGAAGAAGGGAUUUGCAUUUUUCCAACAGUUGUUCUCCCCUGUUCUUUGUUGCCUACAAACGAAAGACAUUUUUCAAGGGGAUAAUAACCCUGUUUUGUCACUGUCUUUGUUUUUGUCUGAUUUUCUCCUCUUCAUUCCUGAAACUUUGACUAAACAAAGAGAAUAUAUUGAUUUAAAAAAAAAACACUAGCUACAAAGACUAUAGAGGCUAUUUAUUUGAAAGGAUUGUUUGAAAUGGAUACGACUACAUUCCAUAUAACCACUCUAAAUGUUCUGUUCUGAUACCGACUUUGAUUUAUUUUGUUAUUGCAAGAGCUGUUAUCUCUUGUAUGUGUGUUAACAGUGUCUUGGAAAAUAAAGGCAUUCAUUUGUGGUAAAAAAAAA